AUGGAUCAUGUAAUUGGCGGCAAGUUCAAGCUGGGGAGAAAGAUUGGUAGCGGAUCUUUUGGAGAGCUUUAUUUGGGAGUAAAUAUACAAACUGGAGAAGAAGUUGCUGUUAAAUUGGAAUCUGCUAAAACUAAGCACCCCCAGCUUCACUAUGAAUCAAAAUUGUACAUGCUCCUUCAGGGAGGAACUGGGAUUCCCCAUCUUAAAUGGUUUGGAGUUGAAGGCGAGUACAAUGCCAUGGCUAUUGAUCUUCUUGGACCAAGCUUAGAAGAUUUGUUCAACUAUUGCAAUAGGAAGUUCACAUUGAAAACAGUCCUAAUGCUUGCAGAUCAAUUAAUAAAUCGAGUUGAAUACAUGCACUCUAGAGGAUUUCUGCACCGAGAUAUAAAACCCGAUAACUUCUUAAUGGGUUUGGGACGCAAAGCUAAUCAGGUGUACAUAAUCGACUAUGGUCUUGCAAAGAAAUACAGAGAUUUACAGACUCACAAGCAUAUACCAUACAGGGAAAAUAAAAAUCUCACUGGCACAGCUCGUUAUGCUAGUGUAAACACCCAUCUUGGAGUUGAACAAAGCAGAAGGGACGAUUUAGAAUCUCUUGGCUAUGUCCUUAUGUAUUUCCUUAGAGGAAGCCUUCCCUGGCAGGGACUGAAAGCUGGCACAAAGAAACAGAAAUAUGACAGGAUUAGUGAAAAGAAGAUGCUUACACCCGUAGAGGUCUUAUGUAAAUCUUAUCCAUCUGAGUUCAUUUCUUAUUUUCAUUAUUGUCGAUCCUUGCGGUUUGAUGACAAACCUGACUAUUCAUACUUGAAAAGACUUUUCCGGGAUCUAUUUAUUCGGGAAGGUUAUCAGUUUGAUUAUGUGUUUGACUGGACUGUAUUGAAGUAUCCACAGAUUGGCUCCAGUUCUAGAACACUGCCAACGGGAAAGAUACCUAUAAACAUGGGAUCAUCCGCAGAAAGAACUGAGAAAACCCCAGUGAAGCAAGAGACUCGAGAUAGAUUAUCUGGUGCUGUGGGGGCAUUUGGGAGAAGAAAUGGUUCUGGCUCAGGCUUGCAUGGAGAUCCCUCCCGAAAUAGAUCUUUCGAUGAUGCACCAUCACGUAAAGAUGUGCAAAUUGAUUCUGAUCGUGGUCGGAUUUCUCGGCCUGGUAGUUCUUCAAAGAGAGCGGUGAUAUCAAGCAGCAGCAGGCCCAGCUCAUCUGGCGAGCCCAGCGAGAAUCGUCAUAGCCGACUCGGAAGAAUAUCGACCACUCAUAGGCUACAGCCUGGAUUCGAGUCGAAAUCGUCAUCUUUCACCCGUGCUGCUGCUUCAAGAGGCAUCCGUGACGAAACUCUUCGAAGCUUUGAGCUCUUAACAAUUGGCUCCGGAAAAAGGAAAUAA